AUGGCUCUUACAUGCUCUGAUAUCUUCAAAUUCUUCUUCGCGGUGAUAUUCCCACCAUUGGGUGUGCUUAUGGAAGUCGGAUGUACUAUCGACUUGUUGAUAAACAUUGCUUUAACAAUCUUGGGAUACAUACCGGGUAUUGUCCACGCUUUCUAUAUCAUACUUCGAUAUUAA